AUGACUACUAGUCUGAAGCCCAUAAAGAUAUGGUGGAGAGAUCACGUUCCGAAUCCCUCCAAGGUGCUCAUCAUUCUAGAAGAGCUUGAUCUUCCUUAUGAAAGCUCAUACGUUGAGCUGGACGAGUUCAAAAAGCCUCCUCUCACUGAUUUGAAUCCGAAUGGACGGAUCCCAGUCAUUAUUGAUCCUAACACGAACCUAACACUCUGGGAAAGUGGUGCAAUUAUCCAGUACCUGAUUGACACCUACGACAAGGACAACAAGCUUAACUAUAAUACUUUCCCCGAAAAGUAUCAUUUGAUCCAGUGGGCGCUUUUUCAGGCAUCAGGUCAGGGGCCAUAUUUUGGACAAGCAGCAUGGUUUAAUAUCUUCCAUGAGAAUAUCUACAAGGAAUCCCCCGAGUCGGCUAAAGUCCGCUAUGGAUCGGAGGUAAAAAGAGUGGCCGGUGUCUUGAACACCACACUGACUGACAAAGAAUGGCUGGUGGGAGACAAAUGCACAUAUGCGGACUUGGCCUUUGUGAUGUGGAACUUUCAGAUCCCAUUCUUCAUGCAGAGUCGAACUGGCGAGCAUGGCUGGCGACCGGAGGAGUUUCCCCACUUCACUCGCUGGCAGAAUGCCAUGCUGGCGCGACCGUCUGUCGCCAAAGUUAUCUCCCUUUUGAACGAAAAGGAGGUGAAGAAAGGCGUGUAG